GGGGGGGUUCGAGCAUCUCGGCUGCGGUGUUUUUGUCUCUGUCAGUGAGCGCUCCUCCCGGGCCGAGGUGGCUGAAAGGAUUUCCAGAGGGCAGGUGUUGACUGUAAGAGUGCAAGAAAAGGAAAGCGAGAGCAAAGAGCCUGGGGAGGAGAGAUCCCGUCCUCGCAGCACAAGCAGCUGGUGAGAGUUGGUGGGUGACUGUUUGAAAAGCUGCCGCAGACUCAACAUGGCUCAGGUGCUGCACAUGGACCACGGCUUCCCAGGGAAACUAAACCCGCCAGCCCCCCCCUCCCUGCACGGCAAAGAACAGGAGGCCAACUACUCAGUGGAGACCCCCUAUGGCUACCGUCUGGACCUGGACUUCCUCAAAUAUGUAAACGACAUAGAGAAGGGAAACACCAUCAAGAAGGUGCCGAUCCAGCGCCGGCCUCGCUAUGGCUCCCUGCCCCGUGGUUACGGCUACGCCGGCUCCUGGUGGACCUCCACAGAGUCUCUGUGCUCCAACACCAGCAUGGACAGCCGGCACUCCUCCUACUCUUACUGCGCCCCGGGCUACCACACAACGCAGAGACCCAGCUUCAGCACGGCCCGGGUGGAGAAGACCCUGCUGGACGCACGCAGGAAGUUGGAGGAGGAGAAAGAGGGGCGGAGGUUCUCCAACCUGGGGAGCAUGCACAGCAGUGUAGCAGGCUCAAACACCUCCAUCAGCAGUGCUCACAGCUUCAACAGGGCACACGGUGGAGGGGGAUCAUUCACACCCAUGAGCUCAGGCCUGUCGACUCCUGUGACUCCGACACCGCAACACCUGCAGCACGUCAGGGAGCAGAUGGCUGCAGCGCUCAGGAAGAUCAGGGAUCUGGAGGAGCAGGUUAAGACCAUCCCCGUGCUGCAGGUCAAAAUCUCUGUGCUGCAGGAGGAGAAACGGCAGCUCAGCGUCCAGCUCAAGAGCCAGAAGUUCCUGGGUCACACUCUGGGUUUUAGCCGCGGCCGUCCCAGAGGAGAACUCUACAUCGACAUCCCUGAAGAAGAGGUGAGCACGGCGAAAAGCAACAAACCAGCAGACACGCUCUCUCCCACCAAGCAAGACUCAGGCUGUGAGAUCGAGGACACAGUGAUCGUAGGAGGAGCGAGACCUGACGCAAAGCGGGAAGUGCGGACCAUCGGAGUGGGACCUGAGGACUCCAAGGGAACUCGGGAGGUGGGCGUCGGUGUUCGGGAGGAGGAUCUGGGGCUGCAGCCGGAGACCCAGGCUCUCAGGAAUCAAGUGGGUCAGCUGGAGGGCCACUUAAAGAGGACGAUGCAGGAGCUGCAGGCGGCACAGCAGCAGCAGGUGGAGGCGGUGCAGAAGGGACCUCAGGCGGAGCAUCCCAUCAUGGCUACCAGCACGGGCUGGCAGGAGCCGCAGGGCUGCAGUCUGCACACUCUGGUCAGCUUCGCUCAGCUGCCGCAGCAGAGGGAGCAGAGGACUGUGGGGAUCCAGGUGUACACGCUGGAGCAGCCCACCGUGGUGGAGGUGGGAACUCUGCUCCGAGCAGAGACCUGCAGCUCCCCCACCCCUCAGCCAGCUGAAGGAGCCGCGGAGGAAGAACACAGAGAACAAGCUGAAGGUCUGGGUUCACCUGAGACUCCGGUCGAGUUGCCGCUUGCGAUCAGCUCAAAGGAGGUACGAGACGUCUUGAAGUGCGAGCUGUCCACUUCAGAACCCGUCGCUGCUCCUGCCAUCGCUGCUGAUCAGAUCAGUUUGUUGCCUUCAAAAGAAGCCGAGACGCUCCUGCACACAUCUACAGAGGCUGCUCAGUCACAGGAAGGCGCUCAGACAGCGUCCUCCCCUUCCUCUUCUCUGAGGUCCAUUAUGAAGCGGAGAGCACAAGGUGAACCAGGAUCGCCUUCUACAAAGAAAAACCUACAGUUCAUCGGAGUCAAUGGAGGCUACGAGUCCACAUCUUCAGACAACAGCAGCAGUGAGAGCUCAGACGAGGCGAGCGACUCCAGCGAGUAUCACGAAGCCAGAGAGAAACUGCCAGAAUCGGCCGUCCAGAACCAGCAAACAGCCCCCAGCAAGCCUCCACGGAGCAACAGUGUACCUCAACUAACUGCCGAUCGACCACCAGCCGUCGUUCCAGACUCACAGCAGAGCCCCAGCCAGUCUGAAACAACGGACACCAAACUGCCAGAUAAAGACCUCCAGUCACCAGCGACAGACACUGUUGUGCAAAAAUGUGCCUCGGAGACGACAGACUGCGCUCUUCCUCCUCCAGCAAACAAUCCUGCCUCUAACGAGAGCGUUGAGAAGCCAUCAGAAGAACGAACUGUCACCAUGGAGGUCUCCAACACGUCAUCAAACACUGAAUCCAUCCCCGAACAAACCAUAACGUCCUCAGUCAGCUGUUCUUCAUCACUGCUCGUUUCUAAAACCACUGAGAUCACAACGCAGCAAUACACCGUCCAAUCAGAGACAAUCGUCCUCUCCAGUCAGUCUGAGUCAAAACCAGCAGCAGAAUCUGCAGCACAAGUCAGACUGGAGCUCAGUGACAGUCUGAUGUCGUCUCUUCAUGCCCUGCAGAAAGCUCUGGGGGAGCCCACCGCCUUCAGCCAACAAGGAGCAAGGGCCGCCUACACCGCCGUGCUGCAGGAGUGGCUGCGUGUCUCCUGUCACAAAGCGGCGGACACGGCCGUGGUGAAGGCCCACAUGAGCGCCUUCGCCUCCCUCUCCCCCCAGCUGCUGGAGUUUGUGAUCAACAUGGCCGACGGCAACGGGAACACGGCGCUUCACUACACCGUCUCCCACUCCAACUUCCCUGUGGUGAAACUGCUGCUGGAUACAGGUUUGUGUAACGCUGACAAGCAGAACAAGGCGGGCUACACGGCCAUCAUGCUGACGGCUCUGGCUGCCUUCCACUCUGACAGUGACCUUCAGACGGUCCUGCAGCUGCUGCGCACGGGGGACGUCAACGCCAAAGCCAGCCAGGCUGGACAGACGGCAUUGAUGCUGGCUGUCAGUCACGGCCGGGGGGACAUGGUGCGGGCGCUGCUGUCCUGCGGGGCUCAGGUCAAUAUCCGAGAUGACGACGGCUCCACAGCGCUCAUGUGUGCCUGCGAGCACGGGCACGUGGACAUCGUGCGACAGCUGCUGUCUGUGUCGGGUUGUGACGCCACUCUCACAGAUAAUGACGGCAGCACUGCUCUGUCCAUCGCCCUGGAGGCCAGCCAGAACGACAUCGCUGUGCUUCUCUACGCUCACCUCAACUUUGCAAAGCCCCCCUCCCCUGUGUCUCCUAAGUCUCCUCUCCUGGGUUCCUCUCCUCCUGCCGGUGACUUGAGAUGAAGUGUCUCCUCCUGUAGCUCCACAGCGCCUCCUCAUGUCUCCGUGUCUUUUUAUGUUUUUAUCUGUAAUGAAGACAAAGAAUACGUUUGUGUGUUUUCAUCCUGCAUAAUUUAAGAUCAUCAUGAUGAGCAGAGACAGCUUCCACCUUUGUUUUUGGUUGUUCACUUUUUAAUCACUGUCUGUGUUGGUUGUAAACAUGGAUUUCUUUCUGUGGUACUUUCUGAAAUAAUGAACUUCUAGUAGCUGUUUAAACACGAGUCCUUCUCCCCAACCUUCAGCCCUUUUUUAGAGGCACUUACAGCUCCAAACAGUUCACUGACUACGAUCAUCCAGAUCAUUCUACACUUGUUUUUUAAUCCAUUUGAGUCUCGUAUAAAUUGUCUUACAGGGCGAUGUAUUAUCAUUGUUAUCUGUACAUUAGCUCUUCCACGGUAGCAUCAUAAUCAGUGUGACAUCACAGGAAUAACAAAAAGCCACUCCUCUCAUCCGUAAGUGUCCUUGCAUCAACAAGCUCUUUGGUGCUACAAAAAUAUAAACCACCACUUCAACAGUUUAUCGAUGUUUAUACACAAGAUUUAUUUACUCUAGAGUAUUUUUGAUAUUGAUUUUUUUUUAAAUUCAGGACCUCAGAAGAGCACACGUUUUUAUUUCCCCAAGUGAAGGAUAACUUAUUUCAACCUUUUCAAACCCAGAGGACGAAGAUUUAUUUUUUCUGUGUUGCAGCGUUCCCAAAGUAAACCCAAAGAUGUUUGUCUCCUGUCAGCUUGUGUUUGAAAUAAAAACACAGGCGUGGUAUCGGCGCGAGGGAAGGAAAAAGGUCGACUCUAUUCUGAAGGCUACGGUACUAAGGGUUUUGUAUUUUUAUAUGUGAAAGUAUUCUGGACGGGUGUGAGGAAAGAGUGUUUCUGUGUUUAAGAUUUAACGGGACUGAAAGCUCUGGUGAAGCCAGGUGAGUCGGGGAAGCGGAGGGCGACUGAUUGGGCGAUUUAAAGGACGUGUAAAGAUAUGAAUAUCAAAAUAAUAUAUGUCGAUAUAAAAUGGUAGUUACGAUGCCUCGCGUCAAAUUCCUUGAACUGAAAGUGCGUAGGCUAUUGAUGUCAAAAUUUCUAUUAGUUUUUAGAGUUUUUUCACGAGUUUCAUAUUCACUUUUGAGCAAUUUUAAAUUUUGAUAAACUUUCCAUUUUUUUUAAUUUAUCUAUCUUUUUAUACAUUUAGAGUUUCUAAGCUCACACCUACUUUAUGUAACCGCACAGCUCUUCUGUUGAUGUUUUAUCAAGGUUAAUGUAUAGAUUGUGUUUCUAAAUUCAUUAAUAAAUGUGGACCGCACUGUU